AUGGGUCUUUCCAUAAACUAUAACGAAAUCAUUUGGAAUGGAGGUAAAAAAUGGGAUAAUAUACCGAUAUCUCGCUGUUCAGAUGACUGCCGACCUGGUUAUGCUGUCGCAUCCGGUCAAUAUUCUAAUUUUCAAUUGUUGCAAUGUUGUUGGAGAUGUAAAAAAUGUAAAGAUCAAACAAUAUCGGAUACUAUAAAUCAAGGUAGUUGUGAAAAAUGCGUUAAUUUUACUGAAGCAAAUCAAAAUCAUACCCUGUGCAUCGAUAUGCCGAUAGCUGAAAUCAAUUCCAGAGGGUCAGUUGCAGUAAUACUUUAUUUAUUUACUGCAUUCUAUUUAAUAUGCUGGAUAUUUAUUUAUUCGACAAUCGUAAUAUACCGAAAAACACCUAUUAUUAAAGCAUCUAAUUUUGCCCUAUUAAAUAUAUUUCAGUUCUUUAAUUUACUUAGCCUUCCUGCUUCUUUGCUUUCUGUCCUUCCAAUUACGAGUAUUAUUUGUGCAGCACAGACAAUACUUAUUGCAUUAAGUGAAAUAGGCCAGCUACUGACUAUUAUAUGUAGGGCUAAUCAAAUAGCUAUAGUAUUUAAAAAAUCAUUACGUCGAAGUAGAUGGCGAUCAACAUUCGUAAGAAAUAGAAGUCAAGUUCUAUUCAUUAUUCUUGUCUCAGCUUUAAGUCAGUUGACUAUUGCCGCCUUAUUAAUCUACCGUCCUGUAUUAGUGACUAAGGUUAUCAACGCUAAUAACAAGAUAGAAAUGAUGUGCAGUUAUAUCAAUAAUCCAGCAUUACUAGUAUAUGGUAUCUUGUUUGGAUUACUUAAUAUUAUUGCAUUAGUUCUUGCCAUUCAAACACGUUCUUUACCGGACAACUAUAAUGAAGCGCGUUAUAUCCUUCUUUCAGCUAUGAUGUUUACUUGCGUGUUUUCGACUAGUCUUCCCUCUAUUUUGGCAACAACUGGUUUGACAAAUCGCAAAAUAACCAGUUUUUCUCUUUUUUCAACUGGAGUAAUAUCAAUGCUAUGCUUCCUUCUACCUAAAAUGUAUAUCAUCUACAUUCAUCCUGAAAUGAAUACACCCUCACAGGCAGCUGCAAGUGUGGCAAACUACAACUUUAAUCACCGUGGACUUGUAACUCCAACUUCUUAUCAAGAAAAUUCUACGGCUAGUCUUUUGUCCAGUUCAGUAGAGCCCUAUCGAAUGAAAGCAUCUCCAACUCAAAUUCAAUCAAAUAAUGACAGAAAAUCCACAAACAACAAAGACACGUAG